AUGUCGUCAAGCAAUGCUGGGUCUCGAUUAUUUGGUGACGAAGAUCCUUUUAUCAUUGUGAAUUCAGAUGAGGAUGUUACUGUUACUGCCGCCCCUCAGAAGAAAAAGAAGAAAAAGAUCGUGAAGGUGGGCGAUAGGGCAAAGUCCAAGAAGGCCAAGACGGAUGUGACCUUGAAGGAAACCGCACAGCCGAGCGUCGAGACGGUGCCCCUUGUCACCGAGUCUGUUCAGAAAACUAUGCCGAAAGCAGGGCCAAGCAUAGUUCCUCCGGUGGUAGAGAAGGGGAAGGGCCCUCUCGAGGGGGAGGCCAUAGUCCUGCCUCCUCAACUGUUCGAGGGAGGCUCGUCUGUAGCAGUUCACACCUUCAGCAACCCGCCGUCAAUCGAGUGUCCUAUUCUCGAGGAAUUCACUGCCCAGCUGAAUGAAGCUGACAGCUUGAGACUGAUAAGUGCGGCCUCGAUGGCCUACUUAGUGCAGCUGAGGAAACUUCGAGAAAACUUGGCUACCGCUCGGGCAGAAAGGGACGAGGCGUUAUUCGAGGUGGUUAGCCUCGAGGAGAAGGCUCGCCAAGUUCAGGCCAAGGAGGCUGAAGUUUUCGAGGUGCAGGCCAAAUAUGAUGAGCUCAACGAGAAAAUGAAGUCGUUUGCCAGCCUGCAUAUUUCCAAGGAAGAACUUCACCAUUGGUGCACCGCUUUCAUGUAUAGAAUGAUGUCCACAGGGGGGAUGGCUGCAGCCCUCGAGGAGGUGAAUUUGGUUGCUACCAAGUGUGCUCCUGAUGAAGGACCCAAAGAAAACCAUGCACCAAGCCAUGGUGAAGGUCUUGACAAGGUUGAGCCUCGAGCAGCUUCCUCUGUGGGGAGCUUUGAUCGGCGCCAUGUCCAAAAUGAGUUCCCCUGCGGAGAUUGCCUCGUUUCAGGCGACACUCCUGCUGUCCUGGCCAAGGGUCCAAACGAGGAGGACCCUAUAACCGAGGUACCUGACGAGUAUAUGGGUAUCGAGCUCGAGGACGCUGAUGAGGAAACCGAGGAAGACGUUGCUGAUACCGGCCACUCCGGAGUUCAGAGAACCGCCGAGGAUGCCUCCCAGGCCCCUUCCAAAGACCCUUCCAAUGACCCCCUCCAAGGCAAUGAUGUUGAAAGUUGGACCGUUCACCGCGUUCACCACAUGGUGUUGUCAGAGGAGCAAUCGAGGGAGUUCCCAUUAUAUUCCAUGAUUAGCGGGAUUUUGAGAAGUCGUGCAGAUGUGCACAGCCUCAAGACGGUGGCGCAUUUGGAGAAUGACCUACUCGAUGCCAUGAGGACGCACAAUGUGAAGGUUAACCAGCAUCUGAUAAAUGAGAUUAAGGGACUUCGCGAGGAGAUGCAGCGUCGAGAGGUUCAAAGCCUGAAAGACCACAGUGAUUCUGUGACUUUCGAAGCCGAGAUCCAUGACGAGCUGGUGACCAUGGAGAAGGAAAAUGCUCGGGUCAGGGCAAGACAGCAGAUUACUGUGUCUCCCUGGUUUCUCGAGAAGCACCAGGUGUUAGCCCGAGUCCAGCACAUAAUUAUGGUCAGGACUCAUCGAUUUAUCGAGCCAUGGAUAUAUUGA